AUGGCUCGGCUCAGACUCAAGUGCUGCCGUACAUACCCGUGCACGAACUGCAAGAAGAGAGGUGAAGCCCUCUCCUGCACCUUUGUCGGUCGGGGUCCUCGUGGGAGGGCUUCGCAUAGCCGAACGAGCCCAACUCUUGUUCAGGACCGCCUGCAGCAUCUCGAGAAUUUGAUCCUAUCAUUGACCCAGAAAAAGAGUCUGGCAGAAAACCAUGACGUUCAUAGGCCAGAGGAACAUAAAAAGUCAUCUACGAGCCGGGGAACUGACGCCGGAGUAACCUCAAGGACGCCUUCUUCUAGCACGGAUUCCGAGCCUAAGGAGCCUCCUCUGGACCCGUCUAGUAAGCUGGUAGUGGAAAAUACUGGAACGAGCUAUAUUGACGGUGCUCACUGGACUGCUAUACUCGAGGAAAUCAACGGCGUUCGUGAAUACUUGCAAGAAGGCAAUGGUAUCUCAGAUGACGAAGCGCUUGAAGGCGAUCCCCUCAACACACCAUCACCGACUCUUCUAUUAGGAUUGAAUAAAGCAGUGAGCAAAGAAGACUUACUAGUUGACAUUCCGCCAAGGCCGGUGACAGAUCGACUUAUAGCACAAUUCAUCAAUAGCAAAGAACCCGUGUUAACCACCAUUCAUUUUCCCACAUUUCAAAAAGAGUAUAAUCUAUUCUGGUCAAUACCACAGACUGUGUCUCUCUCGUGGCUAGCAUUUUUGUACGCUAUCCUCACUCUGUCAGUUACGAUUCAACAACGUCUAGGGGAGCCCUUACCGGUCUACUUAGAGGACUCUGGGGACAUCAUUAGUACCUUCAGGAAGCGAGCCGCACAGUGCCUUGUCCAGUCAAAUUACACGCAGCCUGGAAAGUAUAAGGUCGAGGCACUUUUCUAUUAUACCUUAGGAGAGUUUCAUCGAAGCAAUGAUGCCCAAGUCAGCGUUUCCUUCCUCCUUGGAAUCACUAUUAGGCUAGCGAUGCGGACGGGAUAUCAUCGUGAUCCGCGGCACUUUCCCAGCAUCUCCGCUUAUGAAGGCGAAAUGAGGAGACGUGUUUGGGCAACUAUGCGUCAGCUAGACACCUUGAUCUCGUUUCAAGUUGGUCUGCCACGUACGAUACAGGAUUGGCAAGAUGAUGUCGAGUUACCGCGCAAUAUAUGCGAUGAAGACUUCAGCGAAGGUACCACGCAUCUGCCACUAUCGCGACCGGAGUCCGAGCUCACUACUGCAUCCUAUACUCGAGCGAAAUCGAGAAUCAUGGCUGUGUUUGGUAAAAUCUCUGACCUUGCAUAUUCGCGGGAACCCGUGACCUACGACGAAAUUCUUGAGAUUGACCGUCGGUUGGAGGAAGUCUAUGGCCUUGUUCCUUUUAACUUUCGAAUACGGCCAGUGGAUCAAUCAUUCGCAGACCCAUCGGACCUGAUUCUCCGGCGGUACACAUUGGAGUUAUUGUAUCAAAAAGCUCGCUGCGUGCUCCACCGACGUUACUUAGGUGAAGUCCACAGUAAUCUCCGGUACGCAUAUUCGAGAUGGGUUUGCAUGAGUGCAUCCAAGGAGAUACUCCGUCAUCAAGCAGACCUGCACCAUGAAACCCAGCCUGGAGGAAUCCUGUAUCGCGACAGGCAGUUUCCAAAUUCACUCCAGAAUGCUGACUAUCUGCUUGCUGCGAUGAUCAUCUGUCUAGAGUUGUCCUAUGACCCUCCGGCGGACCCGAUAAUGAACAGCGAUGUAACGGUCGUUAUCAAAGGACGUGAAGACCUUCUAACUAGCUUAGAGAUGUCCCAUCGAAUUUUUGAGCAAAGUCGCCGACGAUCGACAGAUGCACAGAAGGCAUAUGCUGCGUUGACAAUUAUGCUUUGCAGGGUUAAGAAAGGUGUUUUGAGCACAACACAACCGAUUAUACGACUGGCAGCUGGCAACCCAGAUGACCGACCGGUUGGUAUGCACGCCGCUCCACCUCCAUCGUAUGAGAACUUGAGUGCGGCAAACGUAUCGUACUCCGUUGCUACGUCAAGCGAGAUACCUAGGCUGGAUAUUGCAGAACCUCCUUUCACAUCAUUGGACGUGAUCGAAGGGAUGCUUGAUGCCCCUUCUAAUCUCGACUGGCAUCUGUGGGACCAGCAAGUUCAGGGUCCCUCGCAGCCUUCAAGGAACAACAACCUCUGGUAUCCUGAUUCUGCGUUUAGUGAUAUCGUAGAUAGUAAUCCGCAGCAGUAA